AAUUAAAAAAUAUAUUUUUUAAAUAGUCAAUUUUUGUCCCUCCUGACGCCUAUAAAACCUCCCACACUAAACUGUAGAACCAUCGACCCUUCAUCAUACCAUCUUCUUUAAAGAAGACUCUUAAACCCAAAUAAUAUAUAUUUUACAAGUUUUUGAAUUAGUUUACGUUCUGGGUAUUUUCAAAAUAUGAUCGCUCUUGAAUUUUAAGCAGUUUAAUCGCUUCGGUAUUACCUAGAACUUGAUCAUUUCAUAUCAAAAUCAAGAUUUUUCGGCGAUUUCGACGAAAAGAGGCUGUGAGUAGGCUUAAAAGAUCAAGAAAGCACUCCAGUUUCUAAGGAAAAUGAGAGUGUUGAUCAACAAAUGCAAUCUUUGGAAGUUAUUUGGAAUUCUUGAAAAGAAAUUCUGUGUGGAGAAAAGUUUUUAUUUUUGGAUCUUCCAGAUUUUCGACAGGUGCAGUUUGGGUACUUAGUUCUACUAUUUCUAUCUGUUUACUAGUUCUAGCUGUAAUAUUUUUUAAAGCACGUCGACAAGUUUAGGAAUAAAUGGGAGGGGCGUCAUUGCCACCAGGGUUCCGUUUUCACCCCACAGAAGAAGAACUGAUUGGGUAUUACUUGAAACGAAAGGUUCAAGGGCUUGAAAUCGAACUUGAAGUUAUUCCCGUAAUCAAUUUCUACAAGUUUGAACCAUGGGAAUUGCCAGAGAAAUCAUUCCUUCCAAACCACGAUAUGGAGUGGUUCUUCUUUUGUCCCCGUGAUCGAAAAUACCCAAAUGGAUCUCGCACAAAUCGAGCUACAAAUGCUGGUUACUGGAAAGCCACAGGAAAAGACCGGAAAGUCCUUUGCCAAUCAUCUCUUUUGGGCUACCGCAAGACCCUCGUCUUCUAUAACGGACGAGCCCCAACCGGAAAUCGAACAUGUUGGGUCAUGCAUGAGUAUCGUUUAUGUGAUGAUGUUUCUCAAGGGACAUCAAGUUUUCAAGAACCUUUCGUGCUGUGUCGUGUGAUGAAAAAGAACAAGCAAAGAACAAGUUAUGUUAAUAGUGAACCGGAAACUAAGGGAGAUGGAAGCAGUGAGAGCAAUAUUUCAAGCCCUCUCACUUCUUUUCAGACAAAUGAACCAACUUAUUCGAUUGAGCGUAAUGAUCCUCCUAGCUUUCAGGUCUCACCCGACUUGAUUCUAGAAUCUUCAAAGGAAGUAUGCGAAGGAGGAGUAGGAGGGCGUUUUGGGUAUUUCCAACGAAGUGAGAUUCCAACGGCUCCAUGGCAGUCGUUUGGGAUCUCACCAAGUUCAUCAUACUCGAAUUUUACAGAGGAAGAUGAUUUGAUUCAAUUUGGCAGCAUGUCACCCCUAUAUUUAGGAGACGAAAACUUGAUGGAAUUCUUUGAAAACGAAGAUCAUGAUUGGACUAAUUCACAUGGAAAUUUGAACCCCUUCUGAAGAACAACAUAGAAAGAUAAAAUGGACGAAUGAAUUUAUCUUUUAUCAAAUGGAUUGGUCGAGAAGAUUGUUGGUGUUGUGUGUUUAAUAUAUGUAGUGUUGAAUGCAAAAUUUAAAUGGUGUUUUCAGACAUGUAUUUUAAAUAUAGAACUACUAAAAGAAUAUAUCUUUGAAUAAUAUUCGGAUAUUUGGUAU